AUGUCAACGUUAAAAGAAAACGACAACAAGGUCGACCUCGAGCACCACCAUCGCCCCGCCAGCUUCGACAACUCGACCCUCGAUGAAGGCGACUUCAACAAUGACGAAUGGCUCCGGACUCAAGGCGAAAAGAAUCCGUUCUAUGUGCACGACCUGACCUGGACACCUGCCGAGGAAAAAGAGAUUGUUCGGACAUUUGAUUUCCGAGUCCUUUCCUGGAUCGCCGUCAUGUACCGCGGAAAUAUGGGCAACGCACUGACGGAUAACUUUAUGGAAGACCUCAACAUCUCGCUCAACACUGUCAACCUCGGCUCAACCAUUUUCACCCUCACCUUCUGUAUUUUCGAGAUCCCCUCCAACAUCAUCAUCGUCCGUGCCGGUCCCCAGCGCUGGAUUCCAUUCCUCAUGGUGUUGUGGGGAUUGGCGACCGCUUCUCAGUUCUUCCUCAAAGACAGGGUCACCUUCCUGAUCUGCCGUGCACUCGUCGGAAUGUUUGAAGCCGGUUACAUCCCAGGAAUCGCCCUCUACUUGACAUCCUACUACAAGCGUUCAGAAAUGGCUGUCAGACUCUCCAUCUUCUGGUCCACCCUUGCAGUCGCAAACUCUAUCGCUGGUAUCCUGGCCUAUGGUAUCUUGCACAUGCGCGGCGUUGCAGGAAAGGCCGGGUGGAGAUGGUUGUUCCUGUUUGAAGGUCUGGCCACAGUCAUAAUCGGUCUUUUGUCCUUCCUCAUGCUCCCCGGCGGACCCACUGCUACAAAGGGAUUCUUCCGCCAUAACGGGUACUUGACCCCGCGUCAGGAACAAAUUGCCAUGACCCGUCUGAUCCGUGAUGACCCCACAAAGGCCGACACCCGCAAGAAGUCUGUUUCCAAGAAACAUUUCUUUAAGGCUCUUCUCUCCCCCAAGAUCUGGCCCAAUAUCUUGAUAGGCUUCUUUGGUCUCCUCCCCUUCGCUCCCCUCACCAUUCUUUCUCCAUUGAUCAUCAAGAACUUGAACCUUGGUGUUCCUGCCUUGGUUUCCAAUCUCUUGGUCAUCCCUGGGUAUGUCAUCUCCUUGUCGAUCAUGACAUUUGUCAGUUGGAGCUCUGACAGACAUAACGAGCGCGCCUUCCAUGGUGCCUUGGCCUCGACUUACUAUGCGAUCUGUAUCCUUGCCCUUGCGACCCUCCCUGCCGACGCUAACAAGUUUAUGCUCUACUUUGCGCUCAUCUUUGCCAUGGGCGGCCAAACUUGCUGGCAUCCUGUCAACGCGGCAUGGAUCGCAGGAAACACAGCACCUGUCGGAAAACGCUCGAUUGCCUUGGCAAUGUACAUCAUCUCCGUCAACGCCUGCGACAUGGUCUCUGUCAAUCUCUUCCGCGACGAGGACGCUCCCCGGUUCAUUCGAGGAUUUUGGAUCCUUUUUGGUGCUCUCUUGUUCACAAUUGCGCUAUUUAUCUUCCAGCGAUAUCAUUUAAUGUAUAUUAACCAGAAGCGUGACGAAAAGACAAAGACUUGGACAUCGGAGGACUGGAGGCAUUACAAUGAGACCACAAAGGAUGAAGGCGAUGAUCAUUUAUCUUUCCGCUACAACUAUUGA